AUGGUCUUAUCGGGGUGGGGCACCUGCAUUGUUUUGACCAGUGCGGUGGUCGUGUGCAUGUACACCCUCGUCACGCAAUCCCGAUGGCAGCCUGCCCUCUUCCCCGCGAGCGAGUGCGGCGUGGUGAGGGCCUGGCUUCAGUCCAGGACCCAUCACGCACAUUACGCCUCGGAAUCUGCUGCUCUAAACCUGCAGCAGGGCGCUGGGAGCCCCCGCAACGACGAGAUCUCUCAUGUCGCCGAUGACGUGAUGGUCAUGUUGGGAUGGGUUCCCGGCAUGCAGUUUGCGCGAUUCGUGGAGGACGUGCUCCAAGGAAGCUCCAGGUACCUUCCCGCCUUUCUCCUGGUGGUGCCUGGGAAUGGGACGCUGGCAAGGCGUGACCCCGGCCAGCCCAUCCUCUCCGUCGACGCGACCGCACCUGUCCCCCCUCACCUAGCCUCUGGGAUCAACAUGGCCCUGGGUCUGCUCGAAAGUGCCCUGGGCCGCAGACUGCACACCUUCCACCUCAGCACGGCCGAGUUCGGGGGGUGCGGCACCGGCCGCGCGCCCUGCGCCCUGUGGGAGGCCACCACUGGCCGCGUCUGGGUGGGCGCCGGGGUGGCGAGGUCCUGGGCGCAGGGCCACGGCGUCGCUCAGCUGGUCGCCGCCGUGGGUGCUAGGCUGGCGGGCCUGGUGGAAGGCGUGGCCAAGGAGCCGGACUCGCUGAAGACGCUGAUUCCCAGCGCCAAGCCUGCCGAGGCGCCGCCCUCCCCUGCCGCCGCGCUGGGGUCGCUGCUGGCGGGGGGGGCCGCCGCGGCGCUCACGGCCGUCCUCUCCUCCAUGGGCCCCCCGCUCUGGUUCUGCAUAGCCUGCCCGCUCUUCCUCGGCAUGGCUGCGCCCUGGGUCUUCAACCUGGGCCUCACCGCGGCGGCCGAGGCGGUGUGCCGCCACAUGGCGCUGCCCGACGAGGAGUGCAUGGAUCUCUGGUGGGCGGCCUUUGUCCUGGCGAUGCUGCUCUCCCUGGCCAGCGCCAUACCCAUAGAGGCCAAUAAGCUUCCAGAUCCAGGAACGGAGGGUGCCGAGGCAGCCCUGCUGGGGUCCCACGGCAGCAACCCCGCCCUGCACCACCUCGGCCUGGACCCGGAUGAGAAGCUGGACUACUCCCACUCCCACACCCUGGAGGAUGGGGAAGGGCACGACUCCCCCCGCCCGAACGAGGAUGGGGCCGACCACGGGGCUGCCCCUGAUGCUGAGGUGGACGGCCAAGCUGGCGAGCACGACGGCCAUGCGCCGGCGGAGGAGUACCCGGGCCUUGUCUACCUCUGCUCCAGCGCCGACCCCGACUGUGACGACACCAUGUCUGUGGUCUCCGAUGCCAUGACAGAGGAGGAGCUGGCUGAGGAGCUGAAUGAGCUGACGCGUGCGCUGUCGGCCAUGGAGGUGGAGGGCCCGCAGCGCGCCGCAUCAGAGGCCAUGAGUGCCGCGUCCGAGGGGGACGUGGAGCCCGUGACCAAGAUGGUGAGCCUGUACAACACGCUGGCGGUGAAGCUGAUGGACGCCAAGAACUACGACAACGCGCUGACCCUGCUGCGCAAGGCGAGGCGGGGAGGAAGGGGUGGGCGGAUCCUGUGGGCCGAGGCCUUGGGCGAGGACGACGGGCGGUGGGGCCCCGAGGAGGCACGCGCUCGCCCCCGCCUGCGCUGCAUCACCUUCAACAACCUGGGCUGCCUGUUCCGGCGGCGCAACGCGCCCGCCGAGGCGCUGCAGUACCUGGCUCGCGCGCUGGAGCAGGGACGGCUGGGCGGCGACGCCCGCAGCGCGGCCUCCACCCACCUCAACGUCUGCGCGGCCUACGCUGGGCUGCGCCGCGACCGCGAGGCGCUGGGCCACGCGGAGCGUGCCGCGCUGCUGCUCCAGCGCGAGCUCUUCGUCCCCGCCGCGUCCAGCUUUGCGGAGGGCCUGGCGGGGCUGGCGGCGCGGCUGGCCGCCGACCGGCGCCACACGCAGCGCACCGCGGCCUCGGUGCUGGCCAUGGCCUACCACAACGCGGCGCUGGCGCACGAGCGGCUGGGGUCGCAGGCGGAGGCGCGGGUGGCGCUGGCACGCGCGCGCGCGGUGGCCGACCGCUGCCUGGGCCACCGCUCGCACACCGCCGCCUCGCUGCACCGCGCCGAGAAGGCCUUCCUCGCCAGGCACCAGAGGCCUGUGCCGGCGCCCAAGGGGGGCAAGAAGCCGGACAAGGCGGCGCCCAAGGGGCGCGUGCCCAGCGUGACCACCGUGAAGUCUGGGCUGCACGGCUCGGCCAGCAAGGGGAUGCUCAAGCCGCCACGCACCUCUGGGAGCAAGAUAUGGAUGCUGUGA